CAUCCAAUAACUCACUGCGAUACUGUCACUACUCCUCGCAAUUAUACGAUACGUAAACAGGGACAAGAUCGCUCGAAUUUAACCAACAGUGAUGAAUAGCAUUAGCUUGCGCAUUACACGCAACGAUAAACAACAUCGUCUUAUCGAAAUGAAGUUAGAUGUAAAGCUUGAUUUGAACUCGAGACCAUGCACCAAGGAAAUAUUUUUUAUAGUCAGGCAAGCCAGAAGAAGUGGCAUAAAGGUCGAAGCAGAUCUAAAGAAACACGCCGUAGUGCAUCAUGAGUCCAACGUGGCCCAAUUGUAAUGAUCAAAGCCUUUUUAACAGAGACGCGAUAUUAAUUUGCUGAAAGAUGAGUCUCUGUGCUGAUUACGCUUCUUGCCAUAAAUCCUGCUUUCGCACUUACAGACUUGGCGAUUGUUCGGUAAAAAAUAUCGUUGAUUGUCCUUUACAGCAAUAGCAGCAAGAUUUCGCAGACUUUACGCCAACAACGUCAAACUUCGAUUUCAGCAUCGACAUGAGAUUGAUGUUGCGUCGGUCGUCUUUACAGGGCAACAACAACACGAGCAAGUAGUGGCUACGAGGGAGAAGGUGUGUCCGGUAGAGAUAGUAACAAUUCAACCAGCAAAGGUUUGCGAGCUCUUUUCCAUUAUUUUUAGCUUUUACUGUAGCAAUAUCGACGAGCAAUACACGCUGCGUUGUUGCUUUAUUCUUUAUUGAGCCACUGGAGAGAAUAUCGCGCUAUACUAAUGUAGAAGGUAUUUAAUGGUACCCAGAGAACCUUGAGUCUUCUCACCUCCAGCCUCCACCCCUUUGCUCACCGACAAAGCGGCAGCAUUUCCGAUCCAUCAGCAUUACAACAUAAUGCACUUCUCAACCAUCUCUAGACGUUCAGUCCGAAAACAUGUAAUGUAAUCGCAUUUCAUCCUUUUCGUGAUUAAAGGCUUCGUAGUCGGCGCUGAAGAUCAUUCAUAGUUAAAGAAAUAAAUUUUCUCGAUAUCGACGCGUUCUUGACAAAUGCACGAUAUUUAUGAAACAUACAUAGCAACCCAAUUGAAUAGGUCAGAAAAGUAUCAAAAUCGAAAAAUAGAGCAAUUUGGUAGCUUCGCUUCCAGUGACUGAAUCAACCGUCAUACAACUUAUCGUGCGAGAACUGUGUACGGUACAACGAGACUUGUGUGUCAAUAUUUCAUUUGUCAAGGUCUCCCGAUCAAAUAUUUGAUUGAAUACUUUCGAGAUCAAGGCAAAUAAAGAUUUCUGCGAUAGAUCGAGCGCCUCUUUCGCCCGCGUGGACAAUCGAAGUUGCACGGUUAGUUGAUGCUUUUCUUUGUAAUCGCAGAUUUGAAAAUGCUGUGCAUGUGUACGUGACGUUGAGCGUUUGUGAAUGAUGUACGAGGACGCUUGACUUUUUCAGUCAAUGCCAUUGGUGUGUAAGGUUCGAAAAUAACGAGCUCGAUUUCUGUAAUACAUUCCUCAAACGAUAUAUAUAAUAACAUGAUAUACUUCGACCAUA